CGGGGGAGGGACUAAAAAUGAAACAGCGGAAGAUUCAAAACGAAGAUGGCGGCUGAAAAUGUUCCCCAAAACAAUCACAAACUGGGCCGGAGGGGGACAAGAUGCAGUGUGUUCAACAGUCAAGAGAAGCCGAACGCGAGCCAGCCGGUGAUCUUCAACCCGGACUUCUUCGUGGAGCGACUGAGACACGAACAUCCGCCGGCCUUUGCGGAUCUAAUACUCAGCAACCUCACCCGGCUCAUAGACCUCCCGGGGGAUGAGUUCGCCCAGCUCAUCGGGGAGUCUGAGCCCAGGGUGCCCUCCUCCAGCGGCUUCCUCCGCUCCUUCAACUUCCUCAAGCGAAAAGACAAAGGAGUGGUUUUUGGUGCGCCGUUAACUGAAGAAGGGAUAGCACAGAUCUAUCAGCUCAUUGAAUACUUGAGUAAAAACCUUCAAGUGGAGGGGUUGUUCCGUGUGCCAGGCCACAGCCUAAGGCAGGCAGCCCUGAGGGAGAUGCUGAACACUGGCUCAGAGAUAGAUCUAGAGACAGGAGACUUCCACCCCAAUGAUGCAGCCACACUGCUUAAAGCCUACCUGGGAGAGCUGCCAGAGCCGCUGCUCACACAGAGACACUAUCAUGCUCACCUGAAAAUUGGAGAGCUCACCCGCUUUGACGAAAAGGGGGAUAAAACCAGCGUGUCUGACAAGGAACGCCAGAUUGAGGCAUUCCAGCUGCUUUUCAUGCUGCUCCCAUCAGUUAAUCGCAGCCUAUUGAAGCUGCUACUUGACUUGCUAUACCACACUGCUCGCAAUCAGCACGUCAACAAGAUGUCUGCGAUUAAUCUUGCCACAAUGUUCGCUCCACAAAUCAUCUGGCCGAAAAAUGUAAUGGCAUGUGAUCUUCAGGGAAGCAUUGAGAAACUGAACAAUGGCAUAGCGUUCCUCAUCAGGCACUCACAAAAACUGUUCAAGGCGCCUGUGUAUAUCAAAGAAUAUGCCCGCUUAUACUUCACAGGAUCAAACUCUCUUCAAUCAAAGGACGACUUGACGCUCUGUUCUCGAAGCAAAGAUGGGCCGAUUGCAGCGGUAACGCCUGCACCCCAGUCUCCCUUCACACGAUCUAUUGGAAGUGAGGUCAACAGCACCACCCAGUCACCUGAGACUCAGCGUUAUACUGAAACUGCUCUAAGAGAGCUGUACCAGCAGGUCAACAACAUGCCCGAAUCUGCCAAGAAGAAGAAGCUCAUCAGACAAUUUGAAAAGCAGCCUUUGCUGACACCAUCGGCCGAGUCUCGCACACCGUUCAGCAGGAAACACUGGCGUUCACGCUCUCUGGGUGGAAUUAUCAAGAGGAAGGUGUUGGGAAGCCAAAUAUUGACAGAGAAAGAAAACGGCAAACAGCAGACUCCUCUCCGCAGCACUUCUGUUGAUGGCCAGGGAACAGAAAACACCGGCUGUGACCAAGAUUAAUCGUCUUUAAAAGAAUGUGUCGUUUACAACAAAGAAAUCCCCAGUGUAACAGUUAUGUUGGGAGCAUUAAAGGACCUUGAUGCGCUGACUCAAACUAAACAGUGUAAUCCACUGCACUGCUUUGUUUUGACACCAUGUUUGGAACUGUUCUCUGCUGUUUUUAGUUUUUUUUAAAGUGAGUUUGAGUCUUAAAAGUUGUUACGAUGGCAAGGAAAUCCCCAUAUCAAUCUGCAGACUGGACGUUUUACUUGCUAUGCAACAUGAAAGAGGUUAAUGGACGAAAGUGAAUGUCAUAUGCUUUAUUGCUAUAGGUCAAUUUAAUACAAUUUUUCGUACGUUCAUUAGUUCCCAAUUUAAUACAAUUUUCGUGUCCAUUUAUGAUCUUAAGCAUGCAAAUAAUAUGCAUUUACACCUGUGAAAUGUCAGUAUGUAGUUUUAUCUCCGACUGAAAUAUGUUUUUAUUUAAUUUGCGAACCUACUUGUAUUUAUUUCUUAUUGGUCAUCUGGCUGUUUCAAGUCCAGGUGCCCUGUGCAUUGGAUGAUUUCGUACGAUGUGAUCUGCAGGCUUUUCUAUUUAAAUGUUACAUUUGCUUUAAAGUUAGAGUAAGUUAAGAUAGACUCUCACAGUCAUCGCAGGCUGUUGCAGACGUUUAUUAGAGAAGUGGUAAAUCCAGAGAUGUGCCUUAAUUGAAUAUGUCUUGCUUUACUGUAUAACAGUUUUUAUUCAGCAUCAACUUACAGGGGAACUUAUUCCCCUCAAGUUUUCAAUAGCUUUAAGAGUAUACUGAACAUUUUUAUGAAGAAUCCAUUCAAGUGUGGGUAAGUUAGGGAGUGAAGACUAACGGGGAAAAGAAGAAUAAAGGAUGGGGGAUACUGAGUGAAAGGCCAAAGGACCAGCUAUGUAGAUAUAUUUGGGUGUCAACACUGAUUCUUUUAACUACUGCUUCUUUAAACCAUAUCUUCUCUUUGCAUCUUUAUAUUUCAGUUUUCUCAGGAUAGUUUGGAUUCUUAUGCAACAUUAUAUGCAGCUUUGUAUGCAUGUUUUCAGUUAUUCAGUUGUGGUUUAUUUUAAUUUGUUUUUAUAUUUUUAUUGUCAGUUUUUAUCUUAUUUUCAAUGGUUGGCUAAAUGCAAGUGUAAAUGAGUCUAUUGCCUCCUAUUGUGGUUGUCGACCCUUUCUGGGAGAAUUUGAGCCAUUUUUGAAUCCUUGGUGUCUUACGCUUCUAGCAACUGGUUCAAGUUCAGUGGUGUCUGUAACAAGCUGUCGCAAUUGAACUAUAAUGUGAUAACUAGCUCAUGAUCAACUUAAUUGACCAUGUAAACAGAUGUUAUUGAUAAUGAUCCUGCUGUGAAGCUAUGCAAGUCGCUGUGAUUAAAAGACAUCAAGCAGUU